CCUUGCACCAAACAUGAUGCCCACCACAUAUAAUUAACAUGCAUGAAACUUGAAACACUACUGCCUUCUCUUCUCGCUUCUCUCUCUCGAUCUGUAUACCUCGCGUGCACUCUGUGCAACUCUACUGAAACACAGCACAGCAGGCCCUUUUCUCUUCUCUCUCUCUUCCUUUCUUUCUUCUAAAGAAGAGCAAGUGAAGCUCGAGAGAGAGAUGUACGAAGUAAUGCAGCCUACGACUAGAAAGAUAAACCCCCAUUUUCCAAAGGAAAUCUGAGCAGACUUUGCCAGACCAGCCAAGGAAGUAAAAAACCCACAUUUCGUAACUGACUGGCUGCUGCUACUACUUCCUCUACUAUCACUAUUUAGGAUUGACUGUAAAAAGCCUGGUUCUUGUAGCAUAAAUCUCGGGAGAGUUCUGGAGAUACAAACAAUCUUUAGGGCAAAAAAAGAGAUUGCGUAGGAGAGAGAAACCAAAAAGCAAGAAAAAGGAGAGAGAGAGAGAGAAUAGUUUAUGUUGUUAUAUAGCAAAUCCCCCUAGUGAACAAGAAGUAGAAAAAUAAAGAUAAGAUAGUGAGAGAUAAUGGAAGGUGGCUCCAAUAGCACUUCUUGCAUGAUGGCUUUUGGACACAAUAGUAAUGGACUAUGUCCUAUGACGAUAAUGCAUCCCAUGACUUCUCAUCCUCAUCAUCAACAUCAUCAUGAUCCUAAUUUAGACUCAAACUCUUUAUUUCUUCCUCUACCUCCCACCAACAAUCAAGACCACAACCACAAUAGUAGCAUUGGCUCCUCUAUGAUUUUUGACGAUCACAACAGUUACACCAACAACAAUACUGGAUGUUAUUUUAUGGCGAGCAACGAUGGCAGCUCUUCUUCUGUCAAGGCCAAGAUCAUGGCUCAUCCUCACUACCAUCGUCUCUUGGCCGCCUAUGUCAAUUGUCAAAAGGUAGGAGCACCACCUGAAGUGAUGGCGAGAUUAGAAGAAGCAUGCGCAUCUGCGGCCACUAUGGGUCCUACUAGCACCUGCUGCAUAGGCGAAGAUCCAGCACUUGACCAGUUCAUGGAGGCUUAUUGUGAGAUGCUGACUAAAUACGAGCAAGAACUCUCUAAACCCUACAAUGAAGCCAUGCUUUUCCUCCAAAGGGUCGAGUGUCAGUUCAAAGCCCUCACAGUUUCCUCUCCAAAUGUUGGUGCUUGUGUGGAAGCUAUUGACAGGAAUGGAUCAUCUGAGGAAGAGGUUGAGGUAAACAACGAUUUCAUUGAUCCCCUUGCAGAAGAUCGAGAGCUUAAAGGUCAACUUUUGCGGAAGUACAGUGGAUAUUUAGGCAGUCUGAAGCAGGAGUUUAUGAAGAAGAGGAAGAAAGGAAAGCUGCCUAAGGAAGCCAGGCAACAGUUGCUGGAUUGGUGGAGUAGACAUUACAAAUGGCCUUAUCCAUCGGAGUCACAAAAGCUUGCCCUGGCUGAAUCAACUGGUCUGGAUCAGAAGCAAAUAAACAACUGGUUCAUUAAUCAAAGGAAAAGGCACUGGAAGCCAUCUGAAGACAUGCAGUUUGUGGUAAUGGAUGCUACUCAUCCACACUAUUACAUGGACAAUGUUCUGGGAAAUCCCUUUCCCAUGGAUCUCUCUCCCACGCUUCUUUAAUGAUGAUGAACAUGUGGAAACAUUGCUGCUGGCAGGAAGUUUAAAAGCAACUGCAUUUUAUAUGCAGACUGUUAUAAUUAAUUUGGAGCAUAUUUUAUGCCAUAUUAUCAUAUAUGCAUACCUCCUGUGUGCAACUUUGAGGCUAUUUUUAUUCUAUAAUAUAUAUAAUUAAGUCGUGACUGUUAAAAAAGCAAUAUAUACUGAUUCCAUCUCUCUUUUAUAUA